AGGAGAAGGUCUACGUCCCAGUGAAUGACUAUCCAGAGAUUAACUUCAUUGGCUUACUCAUAGGACCCCGUGGAAACACCCUGAAGAAAAUGGAGACCGAAUCUGGCGCCAAAAUUGCCAUCCGAGGCAAAGGCUCUGUCAAGGAAGGAAAGGGUCGCUCUGACGCCGCUCAUGCUAGCAACCAGGAAGAAGAUCUUCAUUGUUUGAUCAUGGCAGAUACUGAAGAAAAGGUUAACAAGGCGAAGAAGUUGGUGCACAAUGUCAUUGAGACUGCUGCUUCGAUUCCCGAAGGCCAGAACGAGCUUAAGAGGAACCAGCUUCGCCUGCCAGAACUGUGGUCAAAUCGGGCAUCGCAAGUACGACUGUCCCGAGCAGCGCAACUUCACUGCCAACAUCAUCUGUCGCGUCUGUGGCAAUGCUGGUCACAUGGCUCGCGAUUGUCCUGAUCGCCAGAGAGGCAGUGACUGGCGUAACAACGGUGGCUUCGGCGGCGGCCGUCGGGCCAUCGGUGGAGGCGAUGCUGUCGAUCGUGAGAUGGAGCAACUUAUGCAAGAACUGUCGGGAGGUGCGCCAGGUGAAGAUGGCCACGUGCCUCGUCGCAUUGAAGCCGGUCCCGAUCAGGGCUAUGACGACCGCGAUAUGAAGCCUUGGCAACGAGGCCCACCACCCAGCGACGUCGCUCCCUGGCAGCAGAGAGGCCGGGACAACCGUCGCGACGAUUACGGACCGCGAGACCACGGAAGCGCACCCCCAUGGGCCCAGGGCCGCGGAGGAGGCGACUACGGAUACGGCGCCCAGGGUGGCUACGGGGCUCCGCCUGGAGCUGCCCCGUGGCAGCAACAAGCUCCCCCGCCACCCCCUGGUGGACAGCCAUCGUAUGGUUACGGUGGUUAUGGUGGCUACGCCCCGCCGGUACCCGGUAUAGGGGCUCCUCCUGGUGCACCUCCAGGUUUGGGCGUGCCGCCGCCUCCCCCGGGCAUGCCGUCGAUGUAUUAUGGCUCUGGCGGAAGCCCUCCGCCGCCGCCUCCGGGUGAAGGGCCGCCACCUCCGGUAUGUGUUCCAUCUUCAGAACAUGCCAGAUUCGUUAUUUACUAACUCUUCCUCCAGCCUCCGAGCGAUCAGCCUCCUCCUCCCCCUCCCCCUGCGUAAACGCUCGGCUGUCGCGCACGUUGCUUAAUGCUUUUGCUACGGAACCUGGCUUUGAAAAUCAC